AUUAUAGUGCAACAACUGGAGAAUGUCCAAAUCAGGGCAGAGAGUGGAAGACAAAUCCGAGUAGAGAUUCCCAGAUCCGAACGAGAAAGACUUCCCAAAUUAUUUGCAACCUUCGAAAACGAGGAGAAGACGCUACAAAUCGACAGUUUUGGUUUAUCUGCGAACGCUUUCGAAGAAGCCUUUCUCAGAAUCGGCGAGAUUAGGGACAAGGCUGAAAGCAAAAAUGUAGAGUUUUUAGAAGAUCCGCGUCAUGCUGAACUGCAAGAAAAUAAUCUUGUUAGACUUGUGCAGCAAGCUAAAUACAUUUGGUUGAAGAAGUGGUGGAGA